AAUUGUUAGGAUAAUGGAUAUUCUGAAUUUCUUGUUGGAUAAUAUCAAACUCUUGGUUAUUUAUUGGGAUAUUAAUUGUGGUCCAACUUGUGUUGAAACCCUAAUUCUUUUCGUCCGUGUCAUUAAAUUCUUUUCAUCACGAUCGCCCGUAUUUAAUACCCCUAAAGGGCGGUCGUGACACUAGAGGUCACGUGUUCGAUCCCUGGGAGGCGCAUCUUGGGGAUUUAUUUCCCCUGGGGGGUGAUGAGUUCACUGGCCUGAACCCAGGAGUGGGGGAGAUAGGUUAACUGGUCAUGCCCAUAAUUGGGAAGAUAGGUUAACUGGUCUGGGGGAGAUAGGUUAACUGGUCAUGCCCAUAAUUGGGAAGAUAGGUUAACUGGUCUGGACCCGUGACUGGACUGGCCUGAACCCAGGAGCAGAGGGAGAUAGGUUAAUUGGUCAGGCCCAUAAUUGGGAAGAUAGGUUAACUGGUCUGGACCCGUGACUAGAGGGAAGGUAGGUGGACCCGUUGGUCCCCUCCAAGACAACGAAGCGCGUCUCGGUGGUAAGACGCUUCACCUCCGACCGUUAGGCCAGGGGUCCGAGUCACUUCGGGGGUAGAUGGGGAACCAUCGUUGAUCCUCCUUUAAAAAAAACUACCCAAACACAUACCCGAACCCAUAAUUUCGAGUUUCGGGUACCCAAAACCCGUCGGGUAUUGGGUCGGGGCCGGGUAUACCCGAAUCCCGCGGAUUAAAUUUGCAGGCCUAAUUUUUUGUGAGAAUGAGGAUGAUGUAAUCAAUUCGUAUGUAUAUUUAAUCAUUUAUACUAUUUUUUUAAUUUUCCAAUAUUCCCUUCCCACUUCUUCUAUUUUCCGGCGCACCGCCUUCAUUCCGAAACACAACCACAAUUGAGUCCAACGGCUGGACCCAAUUCGGAACCUUUUCUCAGAAUAUCUGAAGCUCGUCCACAAAAAUUCAUUAUCAAGAUCGGAUUUUGAGUGUAAUCGGAGGAAUAGAUGGAUAUAAUAUCUCAGUUGCAAGAGCAGGUCAACACUGUCGCAUCUCUCGCCUUCAACACAUUUGGCACGCUUCAAAGGGACGCGCCGCCGGUUCAGCUAUCCCCUAAUUACCCCGAGCCUCCCGCUAAUCCCCCUGUCGACGACUCCGUUAAUCUCGCUGAACAGCCUAAGCUUCUUAGCGCUGAAUUGGUCAAAGCAGCCAAACAGUUUGAUGCUUUGGUUGCUGCACUUCCAUUAGCUGAGGGUGGUGAAGAAGCUCAGCUACAAAGAAUAGCUGAACUCCAGGCUGAAAAUGAUGACAUUGGGCAGGAGCUUCAAAAGCAACUGGAAGCUGCAGAAAAGGAGCUUAGGCAGGUCCAGGAGUUGUAUGGCCAAGCAGUGGAUAACUGCUUGAACUUAAAGAAGCCAGACUGAAGUAAAAGGGUAGUGAUAUUUUGUUGAGGAUAAUUGCUUUAAUGGCCAAGCCCAUGACUUCUCUGAAACUGGCUGACACGGCAUGAAAGUUUCAGUAUUUUCGUUAACAGCUUAGUGCUUGAUGCUUUAGGAAUAGGGUGUUAUUAUCCAUGAACAUGUGCCCCAAUGGGACACAAUUGAUGCCUUGUUAUUAAUUACUUUGUCCAUGUCUCUAAUAUAUGGAUAUGUCAAGUAGAGAUUUUGGUUGUUUUUAUUGCAAUUGUAAAGGAUUUUAUGCUUUCACUUAUAGAAUUGACUUUCGGAUUA